AAUCUGAAUGUUUGUUCUCAAUUGUAAUUAUGUUGACCAUUGAUUUAAUUAUAAUUCCUACCGCUCCAGUAGUGCUGGUAUCUUAUUUUAUAUUAAACCGAUAACGUCGUAUGUGACACGGAAAUGAUAUGGGGGUUAGGUAACCCCAAAACGUAGGAUACGAAAAGUUAUUAAAUGUCACGUCUAUUCCUUUAAUACCUUGUCGGUACUUGUAUAUAACUACCUGUCUUGAUAAAAGAUUCGAAGAGUGAAAGAGAGAGAGAGAGAUAACUGACGAUGAUUGACGAUUGUUUUAUUUUUUAAAUGUAUAGCAAGUAUAGUGAUCAAGAGUAUCACGAUACUCAAUAAUAUUUAACUUUAUGAUCGAACUUAAAAGUAGUUUGUUUUACUUUAUGCGGAUGGUAAUUAUUAGAAUGAUUCAUUAUAAAUGCAGACAAGGUUUCUAUCCAUCUAGUAAUGUAAAACGUUUCGAAGUACCUGAAAAUAAAGUGGCAUGGAACAUUAAAUAUUUAGAAUAUAAGCCAAUUAAAUAUACCGCUCCGAGCCUCAAGGGAAAACCAUGGGCAGAUUUGGAAAUUGAUGAUAUUUCAUUUCAACCAAAAUGGAAUGCUGUUGAUGGAAAUGUGAAUCGUAAGAGUUUUACAAAUGACUAUGAUAUAAAUGAAGAUGGUUAUCCUUUAAAUCCCAUUGGUCGUACUGGUAUCAUAGGACGUGGUCUCUUAGGACGAUGGGGACCAAAUCACGCAGCAGAUCCAAUUGUGACCCGUUGGAAACAGGAUAUUACAGGUGUAACAGAAAUAAACAAAGAUACAAAUAAACCAAUUUUGGAAUUCGUUGCUAUACAAAGACAAGAUUCUGGAGAAUGGGCUAUUCCUGGUGGAAUGGUUGAUCCAGGUGAAACAGUCUCAAGAACUUUAAAAAGAGAAUUCAUGGAAGAAGCCAUGAAUUCUCUAAAAAGGGAUAGAGCAGAAAAUGAAGAAUUAGAAAAAUCUAUGAGAAAAUUUUUUGAACAGGGAGAAGAAAUUUAUAAAGGAUAUGUAGAUGAUCCUAGAAAUACGGAUAAUGCUUGGAUGGAAACUGUAGCUUUAAAUUUUCAUGAUCAUGAUAAUAAUGUUCUUGGAAAUAUAAAGCUAGUGGCUGGUGAUGAUGCACUUAAUGUACAAUGGAUGGAUAUCGAUAGAAAUUUGAAUUUAUAUGCUAAUCAUAGUGAGUUUAUCAGAAAAACAGCAGAAAAACGUAACGCACAUUGGUAAAAACAUUAAAAUUUUUAGUAAAUAGAACGUGCAUGAUUAUUUUCAUCUUUUAUUAUAUUGAAGAUUACAAAAA